GAAGGAAUAUCAUUGCCGACUUGAGAAAUGCUAAGAGCUGUAUAAUGAUGUUGAGAGAUUUCCCUCGCUUUGGAAAGGGCAAACGUUUGGACAACUUAUGAGUGACCCAACUACUUCUAGUCAUAGGGAAGCAGUAGACUCAACCAACUCUCCGUCUUCCUUUUCGCGUCUUGCCUGUAGUUUGUCCUGGAAACGUCUUUAUUUUAUUUAUCAACGUAACAUACUGCCGGAGUAUCAGAAACCCAUCUUGUACACUUUAUUAGGAAUAUUGUUUCUGUCCCUUUGGCGACUUGUCUUUAAAAUACCACCUCUAGACCUUUUUCAUUGGUUGGACGUCGAAUAUUUCUUACAAAAUGAGGAUGGCACACCAUAUGGAUAUGUAUAUUUUCCUUUGGGAACCAUUCUUCUGUUUAUUGGAGUAGUGACCAUCUUUACUAGGGUGACCAAUCGCCUGCAAUCUCGUUAUUCCUUUGCAAGUAGUAGAACAAGUUGACUUUAUCUUGUGAAUAAACUGCAAUGGAUGCUUCUCGUUGGAAUAAACUCAUUCCAUGAUAG